CUGACAGUGCGUUGCUUGAGUCGAAAUCAAUUUCUUAAUUGGUGUAUUCGAUGAUAAUGCACAAAAUCCACAAAGUACUUCGAAUUAGUGCCAUAGCAACGUUGGGAACUCAAUCCGGUGCUCGCAACAUGACUGAUCAUAAUUUAUCAACUGAGGUUGAACAAGCGUUUUUAAAGCAAAACAUCCUGAAAGUCGUUCCAAAAAAGAUCCUCCAUGUUACAUAUCAACGUGAUAUUACAGUCGGGCUGGGUAACGAACUAGGAAUAUCUCAAGUUAAAGAAAAACCACAAGUGACAUGGGAAGCAAAGGAAAGUACUUAUUAUACACUUAUGUUGAUUGAUCCAGAUGCACUGUCACGCCGGUUUCCGAUACUGAGUGAGGUACGACACUGGCUCGUUAUGAAUAUUCCCGGAUCAGCUGUAGAGAACGGUGAUGAAGUUAUCGAAUAUAGAGGCUCUGGAGCGUCCAGAUUCACGGGUCUUCAUCGAUACAUCUUCUUGGUUUAUAAACAACCGAAUGGCAUAAUUACUCACAAUGAACCACAUACAUCAAAUGCGAGCAUAAUCCAUAGACUGCGUACGUCAGCGUCGAAACUUGCCAAGAAAUACAAUUUGGGUGAUCCAGAAUUCGGGAAUUUCUUUGAAGCUCAAUAUGGAACGUAAAAUUUUUGGACAAAUAUGGAAAUUGAUACACUUUUCGUGCCGACACGUAGAAAAGAAGCACAAGAUAAAUAAGAUUAUUUUUGGUUUACACCAAAGGAAACGA